AUGUACAAACGUAGAUUCAACACUAAACCAUUGUAUGUUAGUGACCCUGAUGAGCCUGAGCCUGAGCCCGAGACCGAGCCUGCUUCUCCUUCUUGUGAAGCCGCCAAAAUUGAAGAACCGUUGCCUAAGAAAAGGAGGGAGAUGAAGAAGAGGGUGGUGACUAUACCGAUUGCUGACGUGGAAGUAUCUAAGAACAAAGGAGAGACGUAUCCACCGUCGGAUUCAUGGGCUUGGAGAAAGUACGGUCAAAAACCCAUCAAAGGCUCCCCUUAUCCCAGGGGCUAUUACCGAUGUAGCAGUUCAAAAGGGUGUCCCGCUAGGAAACAAGUUGAGAGAAGCCGCGUGGACCCCACAAAGCUUCUCGUAACCUACGCCCACGACCACAACCACUCUCUCCCUCUUCCCAAAUCUCAUUCAUCUUCUUCCACCGCUGUAACCGUCACCGUCGAAUCUCCAUCUCCAUCUCCCGGCGACUCUUCCGGCGAAUUUAACAUUGCAUCUCCCGCCGCUACUCCACAGCCAGAGAACCUAACCGUUUUCUCCACUCAUCCUGAGUUCGACCUCUCCGGUGACUCAACGGUUUUGCUCAGCCACCACCAACACCACCACGCCGUCUUUGGCUGGUUCGACGACGUUGCAUCUACCGGAGUUUUUGUAAGCCCGAUCUGCGGAGGAAUGGAGGAUAUAACGUUGACGAUGAGAGAAGAGGAUGAAUCGCUGUUUGCUGAUCUCGGAGAGUUGCCGGAGUGUUCAACGGUUUUCAGGAAGAGGAAUAUUCCGAGCGCAAUUCAGUGUAGUGGCAUCACAGGAUAA